GAUAUUAAUCAAAUAAAAUUAAUUUUAAUAAUAAUAAGAUCUUCGCAAAAUUUCAAUCUAUUUAAAUAAAAAUAAUAAUAUUAUAAUUUUUAUAAUAUUAAAAUUAAUCCUCGAAAGUAAACUACCAUGACAAGAAGAUCACUAAAUCGUAGAUAAAUAAAUAAAAAUUGAAUAUAUAAAUAAGGUGAGGUUGGGAGAGAAAGAAAAUCUGAAUUUGGUGGUGGCAAUCAGCUGAAAGAGCAGUCUCACAGCGCAAGAGCAACAUAAAGGAUGCAGAUAUUCGUCAAAACCCUAACUGGAAAGACGAUUACGCUCGAGGUUGAGAGCAGCGACACCAUCGAUAAUGUCAAGGCCAAGAUUCAGGAUAAAGAAGGCAUACCUCCCGACCAGCAGAGGCUAAUAUUUGCUGGUAAACAGUUGGAAGAUGGUCGGACCUUGGCAGAUUACAAUAUCCAGAAAGAAUCAACACUUCACCUUGUUUUGAGACUCAGGGGAGGUACUAUGAUCAAGGUUAAGACCCUUACUGGGAAAGAAAUUGAAAUCGAUAUCGAGCCAACUGAUACAAUCGACCGAAUCAAGGAAAGGGUUGAGGAGAAAGAAGGAAUUCCUCCGGUGCAGCAAAGGCUCAUUUAUGCUGGCAAGCAGCUUGGAGAUGACAAGACUGCCAAAGACUACAAUAUCGAGGGCGGAUCGGUUCUUCACCUUGUCCUAGCCUUGAGGGGUGGCUCUUUCUAAUUGCAGAACUUUAGAAAUUGUUCUGAAUAGCAAUUUAUAAACUAAUUCCCUAUGCUGUGUGUUCUUCUCAAUCAACAUUGCUAUUAAAUAUUGCGUGGAUUUGAGUUAUUACUUUGCUAAUUUGACGACAUUGAGAGACUUAUUUUGCUAUGAAUCAAGAUUGUUUCUGCAGAUCAA